UGGUCAGGAGUUGUGAUAACAAGGGAUGAUGACAAAAGACAAGUAAUGAGGUGAUCAUAUGGACAGGCAGGGAGGGAGGGAGGGUGGGUACAUGUUCAGGCCACCAGCAGUAUGAUCAGAGGGGAGGAGGAGAAGCAACACGCUGGACCCCUCUUCCACAUCUCUCAAUUCUUCCUUGUAUCUUAAUUCUCACACCCAAUUAAUUACCCCUUUCAUCGAGCUCUCUCUCUCUCUCUCUCUCUCUCUCUCUGUGCCUGAUUUCCCUCCCUAAUUUUGGGCUUGGUUCGUUUUUCUGUUUCGCAUAUUCUUCGUUUGGUGUUUCAGUUGGCGCUCUGCCAUGAAAGCUCCGGACAUGGAGGCCAUCACAGGUUCCUUGGAGAGGUCUCUCCGAAACUUUUCGCUGAACCAAAGCAGCGGCAGCCCCGCCGGAGAAGACGCCGGGAUUGUCAUCUCAGCCUCCAGUGAUGAUUCGCCGGAAAACCACUACUCCUCGCUCGGCGACGCCACCUUGGAGCUUAAUUCCCACAUCUCCCUCCCUUAUCACUGGGAGCAAUGCCUCGAUCUAAAGACUGGCGAGAUAUAUUACAUAAACUGGAGAAGUGGUAUGAGUGCGAAAGAGCGUCCGCCGGCCAUGGCGGAGUUGUACUUAUCGGAAGACGAUAGCUCGUAUGACAGCGAGGGAUCUUCGUCGGUGCCGGCGCCGGAAUCCGAAUCGAAGUCUGGAAACCAACAGCAUAAUGAACAGCAAGAGCGACAAGUACUGGUUGUGGCUGGGUGCAAGAGGUGUCUAAUGUACUUGAUGGUUCCCAAGCAGCUUGGAGAUUGCCCCAAAUGCUGCGGCCGACUCCUCCGCUUUGAUCCAUCUCAAGAUGUCUCUCCCUCUCCAUGAUAAGUUUCAAUCUUUGAGUUAUGCGCGUCGUCUCUCUCUCUCUCUCUCUCUCUCUCUCUCCUCCUCCUUCUGAUCCAUGUGUUCAUCUCAGAGAGAUUUUCAGGAUCUGGAUUGAUGAAAUGAAUCAAAUGACCAAUUUUGGCGUCCUAUGCAUCUUCGUUUCUGGGUAUUAAUCUGAUCGUUAAAUAGAACUCAUAGUACAGUGGCUUCUUUCUCAUUUAUGAAUUCCAUUUUAUUCUUCUGUCAGUGUCUGACAAGUAAGGCAGAGUUUUAUUGCUUUAUUGAAUAAUAUUGUUCGUUUUUUUUA